AUGUUGCGAUACGCCGCAUUACGACGGGGCCUUCGGACUGUGAGGAAGGCGUGUCUUCUUUACCGCCACGCCCACUCCGCCCCGCAGAGCCACUACCGACCGAUCAAGAAAGUGAUGGUGGCGAAUAGAGGUGAGAUCGCCAUCCGCGUGUUCCGAGCCUGCACCGAGCUGGGGAUUCGAACGGUGGCCGUCUACUCGGAACAAGACACCGGACAGAUGCACAGGCAAAAAGCAGACGAGGCCUACCUGAUUGGGAAAGGUCUACCGCCUGUCGCUGCUUACUUGGACAUCCCUGACAUCAUCAAAGUAGCCAAGGACAACAACGUGGACGCCAUCCAUCCCGGUUACGGCUUCCUGUCGGAGCGCUCGGACUUUGCCCAAGCCUGCGCCGACGCCGACGUCAUGUUUGUCGGGCCGACUCCGGAAACUGUCCGCAAGAUGGGAGACAAAGUAGAAGCCCGCGCCUUGGCCAUCAGCGCCGGCGUACCGGUGGUUCCUGGGACUGACUCCCCCAUCAGCAGCCUGCAGGAGGCCCACGCCUUCGCCCAGACUUACGGCUUCCCCAUCAUCUUCAAAGCGGCCUACGGGGGCGGCGGUCGAGGCAUGAGGGUGGUCCGAGAGUACGAGGAACUGGAGGAGAAUUACCAGCGGGCCUACUCUGAAGCGCUGACGGCUUUCGGCAACGGCGCUUUGUUUGUUGAGAAGUUCAUUGAAAAACCCAGACACAUUGAAGUGCAGAUUCUCGGAGAUAAAUACGGAAAUGUCGUCCACCUCUACGAGCGAGACUGCUCCAUUCAGCGGCGCCACCAAAAGGUGGUGGAGAUUGCGCCGGGUUUCCAACUGGAUCCUCAGCUGAGAAACAAACUCCAUUCGGAUGCUGUCAACUUGGCCAAACUAGUGGGCUACGAGAACGCGGGGACCGUGGAGUUCUUGGUGGACAAACACGGCAAGCACUACUUCAUUGAAGUCAACUCCCGGCUUCAGGUGGAGCACACAGUCACCGAGGAAAUCACAGACGUGGACCUGGUGCACGCCCAGCUACACGUGUGUGCUGGCCGCAGCCUGCCGGAACUGGGCCUCAAGCAGGACAAAAUCAGGGUCAACGGUUGCGCCAUCCAGUGCAGGGUGACCACUGAGGACCCGGCAAGAGGUUUCCAGCCCGACACCGGCAGGAUCGAGGUAUUCCGGAGCGGCGAAGGUAUGGGCAUCCGUCUGGACAGCGCCUCCGCCUUUCAGGGCGCUGUCAUCUCGCCGCACUACGACUCCUUGCUCGUCAAAGUCAUCGCCAGUGGCAAGGACUUGCAAACCGCUGCUUCCAAGAUGAGCCGAGCCCUGGCGGAGUUCAGAGUCCGAGGGGUUAAGACAAACAUCCCGUUCCUCCAGAACGUGUUCUCCAACCACCAGUUCCUCCACUCCACCGUGGACACGCAGUUCAUCGACGAGAACCAGGAACUGUUCAACCUCAAGCCCACGCAGAACCGAGCGCAGAAGCUUCUACACUAUCUAGGUCACGUGAUGGUGAACGGACCAACCACACCCAUCCCAGUGAAGGCUAAACCUUCCUCCAUUGAUCCUGUCAUCCCUCCCGUCACCAUGGGAGACCCUCCAAUAGGAUUCCGUGACGUCCUACUACGCGAUGGUCCGGAGGGUUUCGCCAAGGCCGUGCGUGCCCACCAGGGCCUCUUGCUGAUGGACACCACCUUUCGAGAUGCCCACCAAUCCCUGCUGGCCACCAGGGUGCGCACCCACGACUUGAAGAAAAUCUCGCCGUUUGUCAGCCAUAACUUUAGCAACCUUUUCAGCCUGGAGAACUGGGGAGGUGCCACCUUCGACGUGGCUAUGCGCUUCCUGUCCGAGUGCCCGUGGAAGAGGCUCCAGGAGUUGAGGGCUUUGAUCCCCAACGUUCCCUUCCAGAUGUUGCUGAGGGGCGCCAACGCCGUGGGCUACACCAACUACCCUGACAACGCAGUUUUCAAGUUUUGCGAGGUGGCAAAAGAGAACGGCAUGGACGUCUUCCGCGUUUUCGAUUCCCUCAACUACCUGCCCAACAUGCUGCUCGGUAUGGAGGCCGCCGGGUCGGCGGGAGGCGUCGUGGAGGCCGCCAUUUCCUACACGGGUGACGUGUCCGACCCCAUGAGGCAGAAGUACUCCUUGGGCUAUUACCUGGAGCUAGCGGAGGAGCUGGUCAAAGCCGGAACGCACAUUCUUUGCAUCAAGGAUAUGGCUGGCCUGCUCAAGCCAGAGUCCAGCAAGCUACUAAUCGGCGCUCUGAGGGAACGAUUCCCGCACGUGCCCAUACACGUGCACACGCACGACACGGCCGGCGCAGGCGUGGCCGCCAUGUUGGCGUGCGCGGAGGCCGGAGCCGACAUUGUGGACGUGGCGGUGGACUCCAUGGCCGGCAUGACGUCUCAACCUAGCAUGGGCGCGAUGGUAGCCUGCGCUAAAGGGACCAAAAUGGACACCGGUAUCGCAUUGGAGAAGGUGUUUGACUACAGCGAGUACUGGGAAGUGGCUCGAGGCCUGUACGCGCCGUUUGACUGCACGGCCACCAUGAAGUCCGGCAACGCCGACGUCUACGAGAACGAGAUACCCGGAGGACAGUACACCAACCUCCACUUCCAGGCGCACAGUAUGGGCCUGGGGAAUAAGUUCAAAGAAGUGAAGAAGGCCUACACUGAAGCCAACAAACUUCUGGGAGACCUUAUUAAGGUGACGCCGUCGUCCAAGAUCGUCGGCGACCUGGCCCAGUUCAUGGUGCAGAACAACCUGAGCCGCGCCGAGGUGGAGGAGCGGGCCGACGAGCUGUCCUUUCCUCUGUCCGUGGUGGAGUUCCUGCAGGGCUACGUCGGGAUACCGCACGGAGGAUUCCCGGAGCCCUUUAGAUCCAAGGUACUCAAGUCCCUCCCGCGCAUCGAGGGACGCCCCGGCGCCUCCUUGCCGCCGAUGGACUUCAAGUCUUUGGAGGACGGGCUGCGGGCGGCGCACGGUGAAGACAUCACGACCGAAGAUGUCAUGUCGGCGGCUAUGUACCCCAAGGUCUUUCAGGAAUUUAAGGAAUUUACCGCAAACUUUGGGCCGGUGGACUGUCUGAGCACCCGACUCUUCCUGGAUGGUCCAAAGAUCGCUGAGGAAUUUGAGGUGGAGCUGGAGAGGGGCAAGAUCCUGCACAUCAAGGCUCUCGCCCUGGGUGACCUGAACAAAGCAGGCCAACGGGAAGUCUUCUUCGAGCUCAACGGCCAGCUGAGAUCGGUGCUGGUUAAAGACACUGUCGCCAUGAAGGAGAUGAAGUUCCAUCCUAAGGCCCAGAAGUCCAUCAAGGGGCAGGUGGGCGCGCCCAUGCCUGGGAAAGUGCUGGAGGUCAAAGUGGAAGUGGGCUCCAAGGUGGAAAAAGGUCAGCCUCUCUGCGUCCUUUCCGCCAUGAAAAUGGAGACGGUGGUCAACUCCCCGCUGUCGGGCACGGUCAAGGCAGUCCACGCCGUCGCCGACUCCUCCCUGGAGGGUGACGACCUGAUCCUGGAGAUCGAAGAGUAG